UCCUCGGCCUCCGUCUUUCCCGCUUUCGCAGCAUGUCCGACCCGAUCAUCGACCGGGAGGAGGUCUCCUCCCCGGACAGAGAUGCGACGAUCCCAGAAGUCGAGUCUUCUUCAGAAAUCGAAGGGCAUGGAAGUCUUGACAGAAAGGACGAUGGCGCCUCUUCAGAAAACGAAGGCAGGCUUCACAAAAGAAGGAGCAAGUAUAACCCAGGAACGGAGUAUAGUAACUUUCCUGGUGGUGGCAAUGGAGAACGUAGCAUUGGCAAACUCUGCGUAUCAAGAACAGAAAUCGGUAGGGGAAGUAAUGGGGCGAUCGUCGUCGAGGGCUCUUAUGAAGGUCGGGCUGUUGCGGUAAAACGAAUGGUCCUUGGUCAUCAUGAAAUUGCCUACAAUGAGAUUCGGAAUUUGAUGGAAUCUGACAAACAUCCAAAUAUUGUUCGGUAUUAUGGAAUGGAGCAAAACGAUGAUUUCAUGUUUCUUGCUCUAGAGCAUGCUGUUUGCAGCUUAGAUGAUUUAAUUCAAGCAUAUUCAGAUUCUCCAAUUAACUCAUUCAAUAAUCCAGCAUUGGUUGGUUAUAAAAAGAAAUUGGAUUCUAUUAGGGUUCGGAUGCAGGAUGUUGAGCUGUGGAGGGCAGAUGGACAUCCCUCACCUUUGUUACUGAAUCUAAUGAGGGGCGUGGUAUCAGGACUUGUCCAUUUGCAUAAUUUGAGAUUGAUCCAUCGCGACUUAAGGCCUCAAAAUGUCUUGAUUACUGAGAAUAGAUCAUUAGUUAGCUCAUUAGUUGCUCAGCUAUUUGACAUGGGCAUUACUAAAUGCCUUCCUGAAGAUAAAUUCUCUCUGGAAAGUCCAGCCACUGGUAAGUGUUCAUGACAGCUUUUUUCAAACCUUUCAUCUUCUUUUCCUCAUGGUUGAUCCAAUCAUAAUCUGAAUAUAUACGGAGGUAAUCAUUUUCAGAUUACUGGCUAAAAACUUAUGCUGAUAUUGUGACUUGCUGGACCAGUCUCUUUUUAUUAUGCUAGAAGUCAGGUUGAUUUGUAUUGCCUUCUAUGUCGAGGUAAAGUUUGUAGAGAUUGACAGCUUUUGCCACCGUUUCCCUUCAUUGACCGGUGAUUCUGUCAUUUUUAUCUAUAUGUGGUCCUAGUAAUGAUGG